AUGAGAAGAGCUUUGGUUAGAUUACCUAUUGGAUGUUUACAAGUCAGCAAAUGGCAGGUGUUGUACGGGGCCAGACGUGUUCCAGUUCAGAUGUUUAGCACGUCUAAAGAGUCUAGUUUUGACGACAGAGACCUGCACCAAAAGAUGCAUCAGUCCAAGGAUGAGAAGAAAGAGAUGAAGGUGUUUCACAAGAAUCAAAAGACCCUCGAGAAAAUGGAGAGCAAGAAGAAGCGCUGCCACGUUGGUGAGAAGAAACCAGAUAUGGAAACGUUGAAGAAGUUUGGUGAGGACGCAAGGGUGGCACAGAAUAGGCCAGAUGAUGGUGUGUAUUAA